AUGGCAUCUAUCAACGACCUAGCCAUAGCUGCUAUUGCGACAUCCACCGAGGCAGAUGCCUCCAAAGCCGCUGUCAGCCCCGAAAAAGAGGCCACAGCCCCAAGCAUCGCUAUGGAUGACGGACAACUCUUGGCGCCCGAGUCGGCCAUCACCCGCGGAGCAUUGGUCAUCCUUGAGGGCUUGGAUCGCAGCGGCAAGACGACACAGGUGAAACUACUAGAGCAGCGUUUCGUCGAGCUAGGGAAGAAGGUGAAGGUAAUGAGGUUUCCGGAUCGCUCGACACCCAUCGGCCAGAUGAUCGACGCUUACCUGAAGAGCUCCGUCGAGAUGGACGACCACGUUAUUCAUCUUCUUUUCAGCGCCAAUCGCUGGGAGGCUGUGAAAACCAUUCGUCAAUUGCUCGCUUCCGGCACCACGGUCUUGUGCGACCGUUACUAUCAUUCAGGCAUCGUCUAUUCGGCCGCCAAGCACAAUCCCUCUCUGUCACUGCAUUGGGCGCGCGCACCUGACGUCGGGCUCCCUCGGCCCGACCUGGUCCUCUUCCUCGAUCUCGAUGAAGCGACAGCCAAGUCUCGCGGCGGUUGGGGUGGCGAAUUAUACGAACGCGGAGAGAUGCAGCGCCGCGUGCGUGAGCUUUUCUGGGGGCUGGCCAUGGGUCGGAUAGGAGCCGACGGCGGUCUAGGGGACGAGGACCGGCGCGUGGACCGGGAAUUCCGCCAGGAAGAGGAGGACUUGGUCGUCGUAGAUGCGGGAGCCAGUGUCGAGGAGGUUGCGGAAGGGAUAUGGGAAAAAGUCCAACCGCGGGUGGAACUUGUGGAGAAGGGCCAGCUGGGGACCAGCGUGCGCAGCGUGGCGUGA